AUGGUGAAUAUUAUUUAAUAAUAUUUCAUCAAAAACAUUUAGAAAUAUUAAAAAUUGGCACUUUAGGUGGAAAAUUUGAGUAAGAAAAUCCAACAAUAGAUAAUGAAAUAAAAAAUUGAAAGAUUUUGUUUAAACAAAAAAUAUAGACAAAACAUAAGCCAGAGAUUGUUAAAGGAUAAUCAAUAUGUUUUGAAUAUUUUAAGGAGCGUUGUGAUAUAAAUCCAAUUUAUUGGCUAGUUAUCGAGCGUCUAUAUCAAAUUAAGAAGGUUCAGCAAAAGGAAGUGAUAGAACGAAAAAUAAAA